AUGAGGCUGGGACUGGCCGCGGUGCUGUGGCUCCUCUGCCUGCUCCGCCUGUCGGACUGCGCUCCUCCGACCUGCUACUCCAGGGCGCUCGGCCUCAGCAAGGAAGUCAUGGCUCUGCUGGACAAGAUCCACACGUACCACCGCACGAAAACGUGCGCUGAAGUCCUACCUACGAUCUUCCUGGAUGUGCAUAACGCGUGCAUCACCACCAAGCUUCGUGACUUUCUCUAUGUGGUGCUCAACCACCCCAACCAGUACUGCAGAGAGCGUCCCAGAAUAAUGCUGCUGAAACGUAAAAUCCAGAGCCUGUACACCAUCAUCACCCGGAUCUGUUAUCGGGACCUGGUGUUUUUCACAGAUGACUGUGAGGCUAUUGAUACCGGUCACAUUCGCCCUUACUAUGCAGAGGACCGGCUCCAGCUCCUGCAAGAAGAGAGAUGAGCAACAUGCGAAAGAAGACAACACACACUGGUCUAUAACAUACAUAUCAACAAUAUACAGAAUGAACGCACAAACACAUGUACCAGACACACCACAGCCUGCAGUGUAUUAGAUGCAUCAUAUGGUUUUGGCAGGACACACAGUGCUGUUUCAUGCCCUACCCAGUUGGCUCCGUGCUACAGCUGCACACUCAUGUUAGAGGACAUGUGUGGUUACAUUCCAGCAAGGAGUGUAGAACUUUCCACAGGAAAUUUGCUGAAUGCCAACCAUGCCGAUGAAAACCUUAAAAUAAUAAACCAAUAAGAGAUGCUUCUGAGCCGGGCUUUAACCGCUGCUUUCUUACCGAGGCUGAUCAAAGCAGCGUAUGUCAUUAAGAGAAAUAUGUUGUGUUGCCAUAACCCUUGGUCUGACUAACAUGUCUUAAAGGAGCACUAUGCAGUGUGUUGUAAACUUUUUACGAGUUGAACAUGGUGGCUGAAAAUGCAAGAAUUAGAUGUUCCUAUACGUGUUGCUUUGGUUGAACAGUGUGUUCCCUCAGAGUUCUCAAUGUUUUCUUGUUGUUUAGAUCCAGAGCAGUUGUGACAAUGCUGCUGCUUCUUAGAGUGAAGCUCAACAAAAAAUAAUAUUUUUAUAGCCUUAGGCACAAUG